AUGGUCUCAGCGGGGAACUCUUCUUCGGACUCCCGAACUCAGACAGGUCAAAAACUCCAGCGGCAAGGUACAAGACACGUCAAAUCUGGUUGUAGAACGUGCAAGAUUCGAAGGGUAAAAUGUGACGAGACGCGACCCGCUUGUGGACGAUGUACAUCCACAGGACGUACCUGCGAUGGAUACGGUAUUUGGAGUACAAGUUCUGGCUCCGGCAUAUCUCGCGGAUUUCAUCAGCGACAAGAUCCUCGACUCGUCAUUUCUGCAGACUAUCACCGAGAUAAAACCCACCACGAAUGCUACAGGUCUAAUCUUCUCGACAAUGAUUACAGAACGUUCAACUUCCUCAAUCGUCCGGUUGAUGCGGACGAGUUGGUGUGUUUAGAAUUCUUCCGACUUCGCUCUCUAGUCAAACUUCCCGGAUUCUUUGACACAAGUUUCUGGGAGCAGACUGUCCCGCAAUUAUCUCACACUACACCUGCCAUUUUUCAUGCUGUAGUGGCAUUAGCAUCCACUCAACGCAGUCAGGAGUAUACAAGCUGCAUGCGAAAGGGGUCGCACAAUCCUUUCAUUGAUUAUAAAGUCGAAAUCAAGAAAUGGGACCGGUACGCACUCCAGCAAUACAACAAAUCCAUAGCACACUUGCAGUCGUAUCUCGAAGAUAACAGCCAUGAGUCGGUGCAAGUUGCGCUGAUAACUUGCAUUUUGUUCAUAUGCAUUGAAUUCAUGAUGGGGUCUUAUACUCGGGCCAAUGUGCAUAUUGACCAUGGGAUUAAUGUUCUAAAGACCUUACAACGAAAACGCCAGGUCUCUAAUGUUUUAGCAAAAGAACGCGGCAAGGCAAUCAUCCGUGCUACUGAUCCUAGGACGGUGGACGACCAUUUACUUGAAAUCCUGGCUCGCAUGAAUACCCAGUGCGUUUUAUUUGGAUACCCCUCGAGAUACAUACAUUUAACAGAAGCAAGACCAUUUGCGAUUGGUAUGAUUCCUGACGUCUUUAAUACGCUACAAGAAGCUCGCCAAUAUCUGGAAGUCUUGUUGAAUAAGGUCCUUCGCUUGAUAAAUAAAUAUAUGGAUGAUACACUGCUAUUUUCGUUAUGUGGAUCCGAUGAUUGUCUUACAGAAACUCGAGAGCAACUGCAGGAGGCUUUCAAUCGCUGGAAGAUUGCGUACGAGAAACUUGCGCUAGGACUUCUAUCACACAUCUCAGUCCACUCCUACAUUGCUUCACAUCUCCUGCGUAUAUGGUCCAUCAUGGUCGAUAUUAUGCUUCGCUCAUGUCCCGAACCAAACGAGCCCUGGAGCGAAAUGGCCUUCGACAAGUACACUCAUCUCUUUGAAGAAAUCAUUUCCGUGGCCACGGACGUAGUUAUGAUGCGGCGAUAUCCGGGAAGAUUUGUUCCAGCAGAUAUGCAAUGCCAUGUUGGGCCUCUGAAUUUCUCUGCGGAUAUGGGUUCUGUGCCUGUAAUGUACUAUACUGCACUGAAAUGUCGUGACCCGUCCACACGAAGACGCGCUGUUCAACGUUUGAAGAUUGCACCGCAUCGCGAAGCAGUUUGGGAUGGCAUCGCUGUUGCUGCGGCAGCUGAAGCGGUGAUCAGAUUGGAAGAGGGCGAUCAUUUCGGGCUGUAUAACGAUGCACAACUAUCAUCGUGCUCGCCAUCGUCAGUGCCAAGCGACAUUCUUCCUGAAUGCCUCCGCUUUCAAGACGUUAGGAUAUUGAUGCAAGAUGGCUUGGAGCGCGGUGGAAAGAUUUUAGGCAGGAGGAAGGGCAGAAAUAACAUCUCCUCUUCACAUUGGGAAAUUGUCGAGGAGUCAUUUACAUGUGGAGAGCGUCUCAACACUUUUACGUGGACAAACAUCCGGGAGAUGGGCAGGACAGCAGGUAUCUAGCCUGCUAGAUGCAAUUAGUAAAUGGUCCGCAGUUAACGCUGUGUUACCGGAAAUCGGGCUAUAUCGAGGCAGACAGCCUCCAGACUGUGCUCUGAUUUUUACCUACGUACCGGAUUUCCUUUGACGCUUCCCGGCUUUCUCCUUGGGUUUUAGUGCUCACUCCCUCGCCGCUUUUACUCACUGAGUAGAACUGA